GGAAAACAAAGUGAGAUAAUAACCCCCACAAAACAGUUUGUCUAAACAAUCAAAUGGCUUACGUUAACAAGGUUUCAGCGGUUGCAGCCAUUUUAUUUUUUGCGGUUGCGGUUGCUCCGCUGCUAGCUGAGCCACAGACACCAAUGUUUCCUAAGAUGGAUCCUGUAUGUGCCUCACUGAUGCCUAACCUUCUCGAAAAGUGUUUCUCAACCGUUAGAGAAACGCCAACGGAUGAUUGCUGCAGCGAUCUCAAAUCCGCGACCACAACCCAAGUCACUUGCCUUUGUGAUAAUUACAUUGCAAACCCGGCGGUUGUGAACUUCACGGGACCUUACUCCGCCGGAAUCACAACCAAAUGUGGCGUUUUUGACAAAUACUCUUGCAACGGUAGUAGUAAUGGAGGAGGAGAAGGAAGCAGCAGCAACAGUAGCAGUAGCAGCAAUGGCAAAGACAAUAGCAAAAGUGAGGGUAGUGGAGGAAGAGCGAACAAGGUUGCUGCAUCAAUAAUGGCUGUUUUUGGUUUAGUUGCAAGUCUAAUCUUCGUUAUGUUUUAAUUUCUGUUUUCAUUUGUUUUAUUUUGGACGGACGGACCAGUUUCCAUGUGAUUCUUUUCCUUCUCUAUUUCUUUUGUUCGAAACUGAGAAUUCAAAACAAUUACGUUUAUUUGAUUUCAUAUUCUCCCAUUUGUCUGUAUUUAUGGUCCUUCCUUCAUGAGAAAAUUAUUUUGAUCAAAA